AUGAUUCCGCAGAUUUGCACUGAGAUUGACUGAAAGAAGAAUGUUGAAGUGUAUGUGCCAGAGUAUGAAGAGUAUUAUUGAUCAGGAUGAGCUGCAAGCCUUUAUAGUGAUAAGACUCAGUGGCUACUGUUUUCUCCUAGUUCUUGUACAUCAAGUCUUGAACAAAUUGAGUAUGUUCUGGAUAAUAUCGAGCAGAUGGCAUCUUUCAAGAGCCUUCAGAAAUGUUGGAAGGAGUAUUUAAGCGAACUCAAAGUCUACAAAGCUGAUCUUGAAACUCUUAGAGAUGAAUUCAGUAAGAUUAAGAAGAAGAGAAGGUGGAUUGAGAUUGGCACUUUCCAGAACCAAUGUGACUCAUUGCUUAAUGCAAUCUACCAAGAUGAAAUGAUGAAUCUUUAUACUAAGCAUUUGAUGACAAUGAGCCUAAACCACCAAAUUUCACCCCAAGAAGCACUAAAUGAGUCACAUAAGGCAAAUGCUAGUCAUGUAGAAGCUCAGUCUCACAAAGAAGAUACUCAGAAAGUCAGAGAAACCAAGGAGCUUGCUACUCACACAAUAAGUAACCUUCAGACUUCAGUUGAAUCAAUCCAGAGCCAAGAGCAACAGCUCAAAGAGGAGUCUAAAGAAGAGCUGACACAAGAAGUUGGUCACGAAGAUAUCCAAACCCAAGUUAUUAUUGAGGAAAUGAAAGAACAAAUUGCUCACCUUGAGACUCAACUUGAAGCCUCAAAUAAAGAGAUGGACCAUACAACUUUUAAAGAACUUUAUCAUGCAAUCAAAGGAUAUCCAUUACAUUUUGUUUGUCCAUCAAAGCUCAAUAUUGACUUAUCUAAAACAGAAGGCCAGAGGUUAGUUAAAUUAUUUCAAACUAUGAAACUGCCGGAACUAGAUGAAGUAGUAAUCACGAGCUUUAAAAAUUUCAAUUGUCCUCAGCUGAUUGGAAACUUCUUAGCGAGUGGGAUGCAUUCCAAAAUUCGCGGACUGAUAUUAGAUUUCAAUGAUAACUCGUAUGAAAAUUUCAGUAGAGAGUUCAGUUCCAGUUACUUAGAUGCAAUUAAAGAUGCUGCAAAGUUCCCUUCAGAGUGUUUCGCUUUGAGAAAUUUUACUCUAAAUCAGCAGCAAUUCACUGAAAUGCUUGUGUUAGCAAAAGAGGCUCAAUGUAUACAAGUCAGCCUAUUGAUUUUGGAACAAGCCUUGAUGAUUCAAAGUUCACUCAACUUAGCUUUGUAGGAACUGGAUCGGCUGCUUGAAGCCAAUGGAAGCAAGGCAAAUUUGAGGAGUUUAGAAACAUCAUUCAAGGAUUUGCCCAAGUCGAAAACAUCAGAAAUAGAGAAAUCAUUAUCUACUUGAAAGGCAGCGAGAUGACCAGAAAUCAAGCUCAAGAGAUAUUGACUAAUGCAAACUUCACUAAGAUGAAGAUCCGCAAUAUAUAAUCUCUCCCAAUAUGUCAUUAUCAGAGGAGUGAAAUAAGCUCAUAUAAAUCGUUUC